AACCGCCCAAUUGUCAAAACAAAAUUCCUUUUUCUUCGUGUUGAUUCUCUGCAUAUUAUUUUUAGACAUUUUAAGUUUUAUAUCCAAUGAAGUUUUUCCGGAAAGAUCUUUUGAUUUUCAUUUUGAGGUGAUAACCGGUGAAAAUGUUGAUAAGACGGGUGCACAGGCGCGAAGUUUCGCGGUGCAUAAGCCUAUUCGGCGCGGGGCACCGUCAGUUUUCGAGUCGCUUAGAUGCCCUGGAUCAUGAAGAGAAGCUGGCCGGGUGCUUGGAGAAGCUGCCGUCGGAGGCGAAGGUGGUGAUAUGCGGCGGGGGAGUGAUGGGGGCGGCGGUGGCGUACCACCUGGCGAAAAGAGGCUGGGGCGACAAGACUAUACUUAUCGAAAAAGAGAAGGUCGGCGCCGGCAGCCGCUGGCACUCCUCUGGGCUCAUCGGUGCUUUCAAACCGUCCCUCGCUCAGGUCAAUCUGGCGCAGUCCUCCAUCAAACUCCUUGAGGAGUUGGAGGCAGCUGGACGGAACACGGGAUGGAAGCAGUGCGGGUCCCUGCUGCUGGCGAGGAAUAGGGAUCGUAUGACGGUGUAUAGGAGGAUGAAGAGUCAGUCCGUUUCAUGGGGCAUCCCUUGCGAGCUAGUCUCCUCCGCUCGCUGCCGGGAGCUCUGCCCCCUCCUGAACGUAGAAGACAUCUUGGGCGGCCUUUGGAUACCUGGCGACGGCGUAGCGGACCCUCAUCUCGUUUGCAUGGCGCUUAUGAGAGAGGCUGUAGCCAAGGGUGUAGGCGUAAUGGAGAACUGCUCUAUAACCGCCGUGCACUCCAAAGACGACCGAGUGGCGGGCGUAGACACCAGCCAUGGGUCCAUUCAGUGCGAACACUUCGUCAACUGCGCAGGCUUCUGGGCGAGGCAGGUGGGUCAGCUAGCGAAGCCCCAAGUGAAGGUGCCUCUACUGCCGUGCGAGCAUUAUUAUCUGCACACGAAGCCGAUUGAUGGACUCGAUCCUAUGACACCAGUGGUACGAGACCCGGACGGCUACAUAUAUUUGAGGGAGAGGGACGGUUGCAUUCUAGCGGGCGGGUUUGAACCUGUCGCGAAGCCUGUCAACGAGGAAGAAAUUGACACGGCGGCCCAAAGAUGCGUCCAAGAAGACUGGGACCACUUCCACGUGUUGCUGCAACAGUUGCUGCGUCGCGCCCCGAGCCUCGCUCAAGCGCAAUUCCACAAGCUGUGCAACGGACUGGAAGCCUUCUCGCCAGACUGCAAGUGGAUCGUCGGCGAGGCGCCCGAGAUGUUCAAUUACCAUGUAGCGGCCGGCAUGAAGACCGUAGGCAUAUCAGCGGCCGGCGGCGUAGCCGAGGCGACCGUAGAACAACUCACGGACGGCUACACGCGCUACGACAUGCACGAGCUCGAUAUCAACCGGUUCUUGGGUCUGCACAACAACAAGCGCUUCCUGAGGGACCGGGUCAAAGAGGUGCCUGGGGUCCAUUACGGCCUACCGUACCCGUUCUACGAAUUUCAAACCGGUCGAAAUCUGCGCAUGUCCCCCAUAUUCCCCACACUACGUGACAACGGGGCCGUGUUCGGCCAAGUCAUGGGCUACGAGAGGCCCACGUGGUUCGAGCCCGUCGAAAAAUCACCCGACGACACGCUUAGGCCUCGUCCGUUCAAGAUCGCCCACACUAUGACGUUCGGUAAACCGCAUUGGUUUGACACAGUGCAGCGCGAGUACUGGGCCUGUAGAGGGGCCGUGGGCCUCGCGGAUUACUCCUCCUUCACGAAGAUAGACCUGCAGUCUAAAGGUCGCGAGGUCGUCGAUCUGCUCCAAUACCUGUGCUCCAAUGACGUGGACGUGCCUGUCGGCUCCAUCAUACACACGGGCAUGCAGAACGACAGGGGCGGUUACGAGAACGAUUGCAGCCUAGCCAGGAUAUCGGACAACCACUACAUGAUGAUCGCCCCGACGAUCCAACAAACCCGCUGCAAGGUGUGGAUAAAGCGUCACCUGCCCCGCGACGGCUCCGUGACGCUCUCCGACGUGACGCCGAUGUACACCGCCAUCUGCGUCAUGGGUCCCUUCACUAGGAACCUCAUGUCCGAGCUCACGGACACGGAUCUGUCGCCGAGCAACUUCCCGUUCUUCACCUUUAAGGAAUUAGACGUGGGUCUGGCGAACGGCAUCAGAGCCAUGAAUCUGACUCACACCGGCGAACUUGGCUACGUACUCUACAUACCUAACGAGUUCGCGCUGCACGUCUAUCAACGCAUCAUGGCGGCCGGCGCCAAGUAUGGCAUAAGUCACGUCGGCUACUACGCGUCGCGCGCGCUACGCGUGGAGAAGUUCUUCGCAUUCUGGGGACAAGACCUGGACACUACCACCACGCCUUUGGAGUGCGGGAGGACUUGGCGUGUCAAAUUCCAGAAAGACAUCCCGUUCAUCGGUCGCGCGGCGCUGGAGCGCCAACGCUCCGAGGGCAUCCGUCGGCAAUACGUUCAGCUGUUACUGACGGACCACGAGCACGAGCUGGACCCGUGGUGCUGGGGCGGCGAGCCCAUCUACCGCGACGGCGUGCAGUGCGGCUCCACCACCACCACCAGCCACGGCUUCACCUUCAAGAAACAGGUGUGUCUCGGCUUCGUCAAGAAUCUAGAUGAGAAUGGCGUCGCGCAACGCGUCACCCACGACUAUGUGCUCAGCGGACAUUACGAAGUGGACAUAGCCGGGAUCAGAUACGCAGCCAAAGUGAAUCUGCACUCCCCCAACCUGCCCACCAAAUACCCUGACAAGGAGCGCGACGUGUACCAGGCGACCAGGAAACACGAGCAACACCUGGGCAGGCACUACCAGCCCUAGUACGAGUAUACAGUGACGCACUCUCCCAACCUGCCCACCAUGUACCCGGACAAGUAGUACUUGUACCAGGCGACCAGGAAACACGAGCAACACCUGGGCAGGCACUUCCAGCCCUAGUACAAGUAUACAGUAACGCACUCCCCCAACCUGCCCACCAUGUACCCGGACAAGUAGUACUUGUACCAGGCGACCAGAAAACACGAGCAACACCUGGGCAGGCACUACUAGCCCUAGUACGAGUAUACAGUGACGCACUCCCCCAAACUGCCCACCAUGUACCCGGACAAGUAGUACUUGUACCAGGCGACCAGGAAACACGAGCAACACCUGGGCAGGCACUACCAGCCCUAGUAAGAGUAUACAGUGAAGCACUCCCCCAACCUGCCCACCAUGUACCCGGACAAGUAGUACUUGUACCAGGCGACCAGGAAACACGACCUGAGCAGGCCCUAGUUAUUCAGUGUAUGCUGUUAAAACUUGUCGGAAACUGUCAGAAGAAAGAAAAGAACUGUAAUUUUAAAAAGGUAAGUUCCUAAUUUGAAUCGUUCCGCGUAGGAUGUGAGAAAUUUCCGAAGUUUCCGAGAUAGUGUACAUGUACCCGUAUUUGUAUAUAAUGUACAUGGUUAUUGUGUUUAAUAACUUUACUAAGAGCGGAGAAGGCUAGUAUUUAUAUAUUACUUGGCAAUAUCAGUUA